UCGACGUGCGGUGUUGCCGAGUGCGGUGAAAUUUACGAUGUCUCUGCCUAGAUAUACCCUCGCCUGGCUGCAAAUUCUGUUGUCAACUGUUCUUCUCUUGACGGCGGUAGAUGCCCAGACUUCAGCCUCGUCCUCUCGGUCCCUGCCACACCAACGUUACCCACUCAUUGACGAUGUUGAUGAAUGCCUCGGCCUAGUCGAAACUGCGUUGGACAUCCUCGGUAAUCCUGAGAGCGACGGCGAUAUUAAGUACAGUAAUUUUGACAGGCAACAACGAGAAAUUUACGACAGUCUCAAGGAACUUUAAGAGUAUUUGGAAAAAGAAGCCAACGUAAUGGUGGGGGAAAAGUCGCCUGUGUCUGGAGUGCUCAAGGACCUCAUGUCCUUCCGAGAGCGCAUCGUGGAGCAACCACUGCCUUCUGAGCCACCGCUUCCUCCUGAACCACCGCUUCCUUUUGAGACCACUUAUCCUUCUGAGCCACCACUUCCUUCUGAGUCACCGCUUCCUUCUGAGUCACUACUUCCUUCUGAGCCACCGCUUCCUUCUGAGCCACCACUUCCUUCUGGGCCGCCGGCGCCGUUCACUCCCGCGGAUUGUUCGGAGCGGCCGGAGAAGACAUCGGGCGUGUACACCAUCUACCCCAGCGGCGCUGCCGUCCAAGUUUACUGCGACCAGACGACGGACGGCGGCGGCUGGACGGUCUUCCUGCGGCGCCAGAAGCAGGAGCCUCAACUCAACUUCAGUCGAACCUUUAAGGAAUACGAAGGAGGAUUCGGCAGUCCCAGUGGCGAAUACUGGCUGGGUUUGAGGAAUCUUCAUUUCCUGACGUCACAGAAGCAGUACGAGCUGCGCGUGUUGGUAGCCAGAGGAACCGAGUCUGCGAGCAGCCACUACAAGAAGUUCCAAGUGGGAGCUGGGGACUCGUACAAGUUGCACGUAGAAGGCUACGACAAAGAGCGCAGCACCGCCGGCGACUCCUUCACCUACCACUCCGGUCGUCAGUUCUCCGCCAUCGACAGAGAUCGGGAUAUGGCUGAAGGAGGCAGUUGUUCGGAAUGGAGCGGUGGGGGUGGUUGGUGGUAUGACUACUGCUUCAUCACGAACCCCACAGGGCUAUUCGGUGGUGACAAGCCUGCCCACGAAGAUAGUGACCUUUACCUUGAAUGGCGUUACUGGCAGGGGUACUAUGCCUACCUCUCUGAACUCACCUUUAUGAUCAGACCCAAAACUCUGGAGCUGGGCUAAUGGUACAAGACUGGAAUUAAUUUAAAUAGCACUUAGCACAAAUCUAUCACAUUUUUAUAGCUUGACUACGAGUGGCCAGUUCUAAUAUUCUUUUUCACUGAAAAGUUUCUCAUGCAUGGCACUCUCCAGUCUUCGCUUAAAUAAAAAAUAAUCUAGAUAACACAGAAUCAAUAAAUUCUUGCUGAUUCGACAUCACGAACGGCACCUUAUAAGAAAGAAUGCGUAGUAAGAGAAGAAACCUAGAACUUUACCUUAUCAGUACAAAUUUUCGGCACUUCAUGCAUUGACAAUGUUAUUUUACUGGUGUUUCUUGAACUUUCCUAGGGAAUGCGGCUGUUAGCCUUUUUAAAACCAAUUUCCAUUCUGUUGAGGGAAUUGGUGUACAUUCAAAUUUAUUAUAAUUUAUUGCUUCAUUGCCUUUUAAAUUUCUACAUCAAUUUCUUAGAGUGGAGGCUAGGAAGGAAUGUAAUAAUUCGAAGUUCAGACUGACAAUUUAUUACUGUUAUUUAUUCUAUAAUAUGACAUCUUUCCUGCUUUGUUUUUUCAUCCAUGCAGAUUCAAUUCGCCAAAAAUAGAACAUUUUUUGUACACAUCUUCACUUCUAAUUCUGAAAUGACUAAGGGUUAAUGAGUAUGAAUAAUUUUAUGUACAUAAAAAAAAACGGUCACGAAAGUAUAGUUUACAACGUGUUACACUUUACAACGUGUUACAGAAUUAUUGUCCUUGAAUAAAAUACAAUUAUAUUACAAUACCUGUAUGUUUCCGUUCUCAAAAACACUAAAAUUUGCCUCGAACAAAAAUAGUGGAUUAAAAAAAUU